AUUUAAAUUGGUUUAGAGAUAUGAUGUGGUUUGAAUUUUGGAUUAUACUUAGGCCUGCUUUGAAAAAAAAAUCUGAACUAGACAGCUGCAUAACUAAAAUAAAAUAAAAUGGUGGGUAUAGAUUAAGUAAUUGUUUAGUUUUUGUUUGGAAUUGGGUUUCUAACAAGUGAAUGAGUUUUUGGUUAUAUGAGGGAUUCUUUGGUGGUAGUUGAUCAGUGUGUUGUGUGAUCCAGAUAUUCAAUUUGCUUAAGAGAACACAAUUAUCUUAGUCUUUGAUUUUAAGAGUGGUGUGUUGCUUAAAAUUACAUUGCUGAUAGCUUGUAACAUUCACCAAUUAAGAGUGGUUUUCUCUAAUAUGACAAAGACUCUGAUUCAUAUUGGAUUUUGGAAUUGAACUAUUUUUCUAUAACAUUAGACAAAAGAUAUGGAUAAUGAAGAUGUUGGUAGGACACGAUGUGGUAAGGAGGCAUUGCAUGCUCCUGUUCGCAAAGAGCGAGUUCUAAACGCUCCGCCAAGGAGACGUGGUCGUGGGCGUGAUCAGAGAGAGGAACCAGAUGGCUCUAGUUCCCAGUCUCAGAUUGAUAUCGAGAUGCCAUCAUCACAGUCAGCCUCUGGUUCACAACCUCCUUCCGUGGGAGUUGUUCAGGAGGGAUACGAUGGAGGACCUUCGAACACGUCUUUGUUGCCGAGUUUUGGCCAACAUAUUGCAGCAAAGAUUUGGAAUGGAGGGGGCCGUGAAAACACACCUCGGGUGCUUAACAAUGCCAAGCGAAUAAUAGACUUGAAAUCAGCAUUACCUCCAGAUGUUGCUUCUAUGGGGUGGUUCUGGAAUGUCAUAAAGGCAUCUGGUCUUUACCCGCUCUUGGAGACAAAUUAUGGUCAAGUGGACCACGAUCUCUUGAUUGCUUUCUCAGAGAGGUGGCACUCAGAGACAAGUAGUUUUCAUCUUCCUGUAGGUGAAAUGACAAUCACCUUGGAUGACGUUUCGUGCUUGCUGCAUAUACCUGUUGGAGGUAAUCUGUUGUUUCAUGAGAGCUUGUCUAUUCAUCAAGGGACAGAGUAUUUGGUUAACUACUUAGGAUUGGAAUUUGAGGAAAGUGCCGCAGAGACCAAACGUUUGAGAUCGGCACAUAUCACUUAUGAUACGCUUCUGAGUAUUUACACGAGCUAUCUGACCGAAGCGAAAUCGUAUGUGAAUCAGCCUGAGGAGGAAGAUUCAAUGGAAUGGUACCGGACUUGGUGCAUCAGAGCUUUCCUGCUCUAUCUAGUUGGUUGCACAUUUUUCAGUGAUAAGGCCGGCAGUAGCUGUUGUGUUGUCUAUUUGAAAUACUUUGACGACCUGACUACGGUUAAUCAAUGGUCAUGGGGUGCCGCUGCUCUUGCUUUCCUCUACAAUUAUUUAGGUGACUUUACUAAACCCAGUUGUACAUCCUUGUCUGGCUACACUUGUUUGAUGCAGGCAUGGAUAUAUGAACACUUUCCAGACAUUUGUCCGAGGGAUCUUGAUAUCAGUUAUACAGAGGACCACCCACGUGCCACUCGGUACAUGUUAAGACAGGGUCAUGCUAUACAACAAUGUUAUAGGAAGGCGUUGGAUCGUCUUGAGGUUGAUGACAUCAAUUUCUAUACAUAUGAUAGUCAUUGAGAGAGUCAUCCGCCGGAGGACAUCAUUUGGUUUUCAGGGUGGAUAAUGUGUGGUGUGUCAUGUUAUCGUCCACACUUGCCAGAGCGCGUGUUGAGGCAAUUUGGUUUUGUUCAGAACGUUCCUAGACAUCCUGCUAUUGGCGCACCAUGCACAUUGAGUAUAUAUCAGAUGGAACAGGCUUUUCGGGAUUAUAAUACGCAUCUGAUAUCUGAAGAAGAUCGUGGGCAACUAGUGGAAACUGAUUGGCAGUCAAAGGAUGGAUACUUGGUGUGGUUCUAUAAGGUCUCUCACCCUAAAUUGAUACCUGAUGUUCCUAAUAAUCCGCCGAGGCCUGCUAAUAUUGAGGUUCUAUUACAUGAGGAACAUGGUGUUGAUCCAUUGACUGCCAUGUGCAGAAUCAAAGAUCUGGCAAUUGCUUCCAUUGAACAGAAUUCGAAGCUUGCAGGUACUCCUUUAUACAUUGUUAUGGAGCAGAUUAUAGCUCAUGCCACGCCUGCCACUCAGUACCAGUCGUUGAGGCGUAAGCGGAGAAAUGUCAGGCAAUAUAGUUAACAAGGCACCUAGUGAUGUCUGUAUUUUGUUUUUAGUUUUAGAAAUUUAGACUUUGGAUAUGAACCUAUGUUGUCGGGCAUUGUACUUUGUUAUGAACCUACUUGGUAAUUGAAUCAAUUUAUGAACCUAUGUAGUUGGGAA